AUGAAGGGACUUCAAAGUGGAAUAUCCAUUGCCAUGCUGGCUGCCAUGGCCAAGGCUUCACUGAUCUCGGGAGAAAGUGGUGUGGAUGGUGGCCAGGAGGCGUCGCUCCCGAUCACCAAUGGCUUUACGUCCACCGUGAAUGAGGAGCAUUCCGACGAUCAUUCAGUUGAUGUGGACGCGAAGAACAAGGUUGUGGACGAGCAUGCUCAUCACGGCCACCACUGGCCUAGGGAGGAAAUCAACCAGAAGGGCAGCGGAGAUAGCAACGAACAUUUCUACGACCCGCACACCAAUGUGAAGUCGAAGACGGUGAACGAGUCCCACGAAGGCGACCAUUCCGUUCAUAUCGAUAAGGACGAGAGCGCUGUGAAAGGCCCUGCCCACGGCCACCCACACCACCACGCGCGGUCGGAGCCUGACCUGAUCAGUGGUGAAAGUGGGAUUGAUACGGGCAACUCGGCAUCGUUGCCGGUGACGAACGGUUUCUCGUCCACUGUCAAUGAGGCGCACAGCGACGACCACUCGUCUAAGAUCAACAAGGACAAAACGGUUGUCGACGAGGAUAAGCACCACGGCCACCAUGGCCACCACUGGGUGAGAGACGGCAAGGAUUUGAUCAGUGGCGAGUCAGGCAUCGACACGGGCAACUCUGCGUCGCUGCCAUUUACGAACGGAUUUGCUUCCACCGUAAACGAGGCUCAUUCUGAUGACCACUCUACCGAUGUCAACAAGGAUAAGAACGUGGUUGAUGUGGAGCACCCGGAGCACCCGAAGCACCCGGAUCACCACCACCACUCGGUGCGAGGAAGCGAGGACCUCAUCAAGGGGGAAUCAGGCAUUGACACUGGAAACUCGGCUACACUGCCGAUCACGAAUGUGUUCACCUCUGGUGUAAAUGAGGCCUACUCGGAUGAUCACUCAGCGGACGUAAAUGUGGACAAGACCGCUGUACACCCCGAAGGCCAUGGCCACCACCACGGGGUUCGAGGCAGUGACGACCUUAUCAAGGGAGAGUCAGGAAUCGAUACUGGAAAUUCUGCUUCCCUACCGAUUACCAACGGAUUCUCGUCCUCUGUCAACGAAGCAAGCAAGGACGACCACGCGGUCGAUGCCAACAAGGAUGAUACGGCGAUCGUCAAGCCAGGACAUCCUGAAAAGCACAACCGCCCGCACCACCACCCCCGCGGUGAUCAUGACGAACCCACUUUGAUCAAUGGCGAGUCUGGCAUUGAUACUGGAAACUCCGCCUCGCUGCCUAUUACAAACGCAUUCUCCUCCAAUGUCAACAAAGCAAGCAAGGAUGACCACGCGGUUGAUGUCAACAAGGAUAACACGGCUGUGGUUGAGCCGGGCCACCCUGAAAAGCACUACUGGCCGCACCAUCACCCCCGAGGUGAACGGGAAGAGCCCACUCUGAUCAAUGGAGAGUCUGGCAUCGAUACGGGGAAUAGUGCGUCUUUGCCAUUCACCAAUGUGGUCAGCUCCCAGGUCAACGAGGCUAGCAAGGAUGACCAUUCUGUGGACGUAGACAAGAAGAAGAGCGUGCUCAACGACGCGGGUCAUGCGCACCCCGAUCACCACAACUUCCCUCAUCCCCAUGUUCCACGGGAUCUGAUCUCCGGAGAGUCUGGGAUUGACACUGGAAAUGAAGCCGUUAUUCCUAUCACGAACAUCUUCAGCUCUACGGACAAUAAGUCCUACGAUGACAACCACUCUGCAGAUGUCAAUGUCAAGGACACCGAUGUUACCAAGCCCGAGCACGUCCCUCACCAUCAUCAUGGGCGCGACUUGAUCAAGGGGGAAUCCGGCAUUGACACCGGAAACUCAGCUUCACUGCCUUUCACCAACGCGGCGUCCAACGAAGUCAAUGAAGUAUCUAAGGACGACCACUCCACAGAUGUCAAGGAUAAGGACACUCUUAUCAAGACACCCUCUCACAAGCAUCCCCAUCCUCACUGGCCCCGUGACUUGAUAAAGGGUGAAAGCGGUAUUGACACGGGUAACUCUGCCAGUCUUCCGAUCACCAACAGCUUCGGAUCUCAGGUCAACGAAGCUAGUAAGGACGAUCACUCUGUGGAUGUUAACUCUAAAGACACUGUGGUCAAGUCCAAGCCGGAGCCGAAGCCGGUUCCAGUGCCAGUGCAUCACCCUCACGGACAUUGGCCCCGUGAUUUGAUCAAGGGCGAGUCAGGAAUCGACACUGGUAACUCUGCCAGUCUUCCGUUCACCAAUGGAUUCACAUCCCAGGUGAAUGAGGCCAGCAAGGAUGACCACUCCGUGGACGCCGACUUGAAAAACACUCUGGUCGAGGACAAGCAGAAGCCCAAGGCGGUGCCGGUGCCGGUGCCAGCCCACCAUACUCGCCCCCAUCCCCAUCUCCCCCGGGACCUGAUCAAGGGGGAAUCCGGAAUCGAUACUGGCAACUCUGCUAGUCUUCCCUUUACCAAUGGAUUUACUUCUCAAGUGAACGAAGCGAGUAAGGACGACCACUCUGUUGAUACAGACACGAAGAAUACUGUAGUCAAGACGAAGCCAGAGGCAAGGCCAGUGCCGGUGCCAGUUCCCGUCCAUGGUCAUCCUUACCCCCAUCACCCACGGGACUUGAUUAAGGGAGAGUCGGGGAUCGAUACCGGGAACUCUGCUACAAUUCCAAUUACCAACGCAUUUAGUUCUCAGGUUAACGAAGCUAGCAAGGAUGACCACUCAGUCGACGCUGACGUGAAGAACACGGCUGUGAAGGGGGUGCCUGUCCAUCAUGCCCGCCCUCACGAUCACCGCCCUCGCGAUCUGAUCAAGGGAGAAUCGGGCAUUGAUACUGGCAACUCCGCUAGCCUGCCAAUCAGCAACGGUUUCUCAUCACAGGUAAAUGAGGCUCACAAGGAUGAUCACUCCGUGGAUGAAGACAUUAAAGAUACGAGAAUUGAUCGGCCCGAGCACGGGCAUUUCCACGGACAUCCCCAUCUGCCCCGCGACUUGAUCAAGGGGGAGUCAGGAAUUGAUACGGGAAACUCUGCGACUAUCCCUAUCACCAAUGUUUUCUCGUCGCAAGUCAACGAGGCGAGCAAGGAUGACCAUUCCGUGGAUGCUGACUACAAAGACACCGUGGUGGAUGAGCCUCAUCGGCACCAUCACCGCGCAGAUGACAGCCUCAUCCAGGGUGAAUCUGGAAUCGACACUGGAAACUCUGCCAUUCUCCCGGUGACCAACGUAUUCAGUCAGGACACAAAUAAAGCUUCCAGUGAUGACCACUCUGUCUCUGCCAACGUCAAGGACACCGACGUGGACGCUCAUCAUGAAUCCGCUCAACCCCACGACUCGCAUGACUCGCACGAACAACAUGAUGAAGGUGUUGAUCCCAUUGCUCACUCCAGCGAAGAUGAUACGGCUAAGGAGGUUGACUCAUCAAGCUGUGCCUCACCAGUCAUCCAUGAAGUUGUCCACACAGUUACCCGCACGUUGAGCGGUGGUCCGAGUCGGAACACUGGGCUAUCUGAUCACGCAGGACAUGGGGCGCCUGUCUUCAACGAGCCUUUCACAGGAGCCGCUGAUGCUGUUGCUCAAUCAACACCAGCCUACAAUGCACCUGAAGUCGCCGCAGGAGCCGCACAGUCUACACCCUUUUUCAAUGCCCCGGCUCAGCCUACCGGGCCCAGCAUCGAGUCCAUUCCCAUGUACAACGCACCUGCCGAGUCCACCCCAGCUGCCGCCCCGUCUAACCCCGUUUACAAUGGCGCAGCUUCCAUGGCCGAUCCCACUGGUGUAUCAGCCCUAUACAACUCUGAACCCUCGGAACCAGAGCACGGCCCUGACGCCGUAGCAUCCUCUGCUGCCCAACAGCCUGUGGCUAUGAGCUCCAACGCCGCAAUGGGCCCUGCUCCCACUGACCCCAUACCCGGCAACCUGGAUACUGUUGCUUCAACCAUCACCAUCCAAGAGGCCUCCACCUUCCACAUGAUCCCCGUCUACGUUCCCGCACCAACUGAAGCCUUCCGUGGAGCAGCGGACGCUAGCAGCCUUGGUCUGCCUACACCCAAGCCCAGCGGUGCUGCCGCCUUCGAGCCAUCUUUCCGCUACGACUUGCCGGGACCGUCCUCCACCCCGAACCCCUCGACGAACAGCAUCAUGUUUACCGGCGCAGGCGCACAGGUGGCUCCGGCGCACGGUUUCUUCCCCAUCGUCACCGGUCUGGUUGCCCUUCUGGCCCUCGUCUUGUAA